CAUCCAGCUCGCGCAUAUCCGGUCCGCGCCGCGCUGGAGGAGCGAUGCGGCGCAGCGGCGGCACCGAGGAGGAGGGACCUGACAGUCAGCCGGGUGGGAUGUGAACACUCUCAUUUCUAGAUCAAACACUGAGUUUCCCAUCGUACGUUUCGCUAGCGAAGAGGACUAUGAUACGCACUACUUGUCAGACAAUGUUGGGCCAUUGACUGGUGACUUGUCUCCGUGGACCAUCGCUGACGGUCUGCCCCAGCUCCGCAGAGCCCAGUCUGCCCAGCCUUCCAGUUCCUUCGGGCGGACUCCAGACCUGCACACGUCCUAGACACAAGCGCCACCUUCCACCUCGUCCUCCCUCCCAGGGGAGAGCCGCGGGCCUGCCACCAUGGUGCUGUCACAGAGGCAGCGAGACGAACUAAACCGAGCGAUAGCAGACUAUCUCCGGUCCAAUGGCUACGAGGAGGCCUACUCCACCUUCAAGAAGGAGGCGGAGAUAGACAUGAAUGAAGAGGUAGAUAAGAAGUACGCCGGCCUUCUGGAGAAGAAAUGGACCUCAGUCAUCAGAUUACAGAAGAAGGUGAUGGAGCUGGAGUCCAAGCUGAACGAGGCCAAGGAGGAGAUGACCCAUGGGGGCCCCGUGGGCCAAAAGAGGGACCCCAAGGAGUGGAUACCCCGCCCGCCCGAGAGAUACGCCCUGAGCGGGCACCGCGCACCAGUGACGCGCGUCAUCUUCCACCCUGUGUUCUCCGUCAUGGUCACGGCCUCCGAGGACGCCACCAUUAAGGUGUGGGACUAUGAGGCGGGGGACUUUGAGCGGACCCUGAAGGGCCACACAGACUCUGUGCAAGACAUCUCCUUCGACCAGACGGGCAAGCUGCUGGCCUCCUGCUCAGCAGACAUGAGCAUUAAGCUGUGGGACUUCCAGGGCUUCGAGUGCAUCCGGACCAUGCAUGGCCACGACCACAAUGUGUCUUCUGUAGCCAUCAUGCCCAACGGAGACCACAUCGUGUCCGCCUCCAGAGACAAGACCAUCAAGAUGUGGGAGGUGGCCACUGGCUACUGCGUGAAGACAUUCACGGGCCACCGGGAGUGGGUGCGCAUGGUGCGCCCCAACCAGGACGGCUCCCUACUGGCUAGCUGCUCCAACGACCAGACGGUGCGCGUGUGGGUGGCCUCCUCCAAGGAGUGCAAGGCGGAGCUCCGGGAGCACGAGCACGUGGUGGAGUGCAUCGCCUGGGCCCCGGACAGCGCCCACCCCACCAUCCUGGAGGCCACCGGCUCCGAGAAUAAGAAGAGUGGCAAGCCUGGGCCGUUCCUGCUCUCGGGCUCCAGAGACAAGACCAUCAAGAUGUGGGACGUCAGCACCGGCAUGUGUCUCAUGACGCUGGUCGGCCAUGACAACUGGGUGCGGGGAGUCGUGGUGCAUCCGGGCGGCAGGUUCAUCGUGAGCUGCGCUGAUGACAAAACCCUGCGAAUCUGGGACUACAAGAACAAGCGCUGUAUGAAGACCCUGUGUGCCCAUGAACACUUUGUUACCUCUCUGGAUUUCCACAAGAGCGCCCCCUAUGUGGUGACGGGCAGCGUCGACCAGACAGUCAAAGUCUGGGAGUGUCGCUGAGGCCGAUGUCGAUAAACCCCGCCCUUCUCCGCCCAAACCCCGCCCGCUUUCCAGCGUAACCCCCUCCAACCCCGCCCCCGUCCAGCCUCCUGCACUCCCAACCAUAGUUAACCUUCCCCCUCCCUCUACUAUUCCAGCUCUAUCAACAUGACUAUUGUCCUUUUAUGUAAAUUAUUCUGGAUGUAGGGUACGCUUAAUAAAUGUCACGCAACCUCUUGACACAAGAACACACACACAGCAACAGAAGUAUUCCUUGCAUGGUGAAUCAAAUGGAGAAGAAAAAAAAGAAUUGUAUACUGUUGAAUUUGCCUAAUUUGCAUACCGUCGUCAUGACUCCAGAGGGGUCCAGGGUUAAAUGUAUCUGUGUCCGGGUAACUGACAAGUUGAGCACGAAAAAAAAUACAAUCUUGACCCGCCGUGGCUGAAGAGUUUAGGUUGCAGUUUUUUUUUUUUUUUUUUAUACAUCCCAACCUCCACUGUGGGGUCUGUCGUCGCAGCAGGGGGGCUGGAGACGGAGACCACAGAGAGGUUUCGGUCCUGGUCUGUAGUACACCGCCUGGUCUGUAGUACACUGCCUGGUCUGUAGUACACUGCCUGGUCUGUAGUACACCGCCUGGUCUGUAGUACACCACCUGGAGGUGGAAAAUGGAUCAUGCUUUAGCCCCCAUCCCCGUAGAACACAUGCGUUUCUUUCCAAAAGCGUGUGUAUGACUGCGUGUGUGUGUGUGUGUGCGCGUGUGUAUUCGUCUCUGUGUGUAUAUAAUGACAGGGCAAACGGUUUCCGCCAGCUCUUCUCUGAUUGGACAGGACGUGGCACAGAGGAGGGGGAGAAAGGAAAGCUUCUGGCUCUGUUGGUUCCUCUAUAGUGAGAGCGUGUGUAGUAGACACUCACGGACCUUAAAUAUCCCUAUGCUGCUGAGUAGACACAGGUGUGUUUCACAGAGGUCUGCUCACCUUUUUAUGAGCUGUCGAUGUGUGAGUGUUUGCCCCCCACCCAACCCCCCCCCCCCCCCUGUCCUGUUGCUCGCUCUCUUUCUGCCUUGUACGCCCGUCACGCUCCCUCACGGGGAGGACGUUCUGCUUUCUGUGGUCCCACUGCUCUUUACACACACGCAUACACUCAGAAAUGCACAUACACUCACAAUACAUUUUGUGUAUCAAUAUAUCUGGAUGUCAUUGUUUGCAACAUAAUGAAAUAAAAAAUCUGUAAAUGUAA